GACAUGAGGCUUCUUCAACAGCGACAAAAGGCUUCUGAUUUAACCACGCUGUGCCUUGCUAGCAAACCUAAAAACCGAAACAUUGGAGCUCUUUAGACCAAUCUUGUGUAUAUUACUCUUAGUGUUUUCAACAUAAUUCUGUUUACAUAUCUACUGGUUCAUUUAAACGUAAUUUGCUUGUUAAAUUAUCAAAUGUGUUACAUUGAUACUGCACUAGGCUAAUCUCCCGGAGCAUAAACUCACUAAUCUAGACGGAGAAAGAAACUGGUGAAAGGAGGCAAAGAAGCUUGAAGAAUGAAUAAGGAGGCUAUCACAUUGAAACAAGAGGAUGAUAUUACAGUGAAAGAGGAAUAUGGGAACGAGGUUGUCAAAGUGGAAAAAGAGGUAGAAGCUUUCAGAAUCAAAAAGGAGGAAGAUGCCGUAAAAUUGAAAGAGGAGGAAGACCCUUUUGGAGUAAAAGAGGAGGAUAUCUCAAUAAAAGAGGAAGACGUUUUGGGAGUGAAAAAUGAGACUGAAGAUCCGAUUACCACCAGAGACAGACAUGACUAUUGUGGAUCCUCUGGGGAGCCUCAACAACAUCCUGAUGCUGACGAAGUAGAGAAGAGUCUCUCCAGAUCAGAACACCAGAUGGACAACGCUAGCCCCUCCUCCCUCCCGGAGUCCCCGUGUCGUACCUCUCCCGGUAGCACCUUACUGCUGGGUAUGAAGAGGUUGUCUGUGCUGCUGGUGGACUGCAGGAAAACAACAGGGCUGAGUGGAACUGUGAGAGGAGGAGAAGAGAUGAAAGGAUCAGAUUUGACUCAUCAAAAAAUUGACCAACAGAGUGACACAGAAGGAAUGGAUGAGGACUCUGCGAGUGACCAGAGUUUUGAUCCCAGCGAUUCUGAUUGGGAGCCCAUACUGCCAAGGUGCAAAUCCCCCACUGAAGCUGGUCCAUCCAGCCGGACCCCUGCUGUCUCCGGCACCACACCUACCCCCGCCCGGCCAUCAAGAGGUGUGGAGCCGGUGACAAAGAAGCGGAGGAAGGGAACCUCUGUCCCUUCUGCUCCUUCAACCAGUGGUGUGCACAUGCUUAAAUUCCUUAUUGCAGGCAGGAAUGAGUGCAAAAGGGGCUUAGUAAGGAGGCUUCGUUGUGCUCUUUGCAAAAAGAAAUCCUCUGUCGGCUGCACCACCUGUUCAGUGACCCUCUGCUUCACAGCAGAAAGAGACUGCUAUGGGCUAUGGCAUCAGCAGCGCAAUAUUGUGUAGAGGGUCUUCACAUUAUUGAACAUUGAACGUGUAAAUAGUUACCCUUGUUAUUUAAAAAAAAAUGUAAUUAUUCAUUUAAAAUUUUGGUAUUUUAAAUUUUUUUCUUCAAUUUUUCCAAUAUAUUUUUGGGGGUAUUUUUGUAUAUAGUUAUUUGCAUCGAUGUUCCAAUUCGGUACAUUUGGGAAACUUGUGAGGGACACCUGGGUGACUUCAUGCCCAAUGGCAUGUGCCUCAGUCAUUCCUAGAGGUAUCUGUCUGAAACUUUGGUCAAAUACUGUUGCCUACUUAUGUUCUUAUUUGAAAUUAGCCCCAGUAUCAUAACUGAAUGUUUGGCUGUUCUUGUUUAUUUUAAAGAUGCGACAACAUUAAAAUAACAGAAAAACGUC